AUGCAGAUCUUAGCCCCACUCCCCAGUCCUACUCCCCCAGUCCUACUCCCCCAGCCCUACUCCCCAGUCCUACUCCCCCAGCCCUACUCCCCAGUCCUACUCCCCAGUCCUACUCACCAGCCCUACUCCCCCAGCCCUACUCCCCUAGCCCUUACUCCCCAGUCCUACUCCACCAGCCCUACUCCCCAGCCCUACUCCCCAGCCCUACUCCCCCAGCCUUACUGCCCCAGCCCUACUCCCCCAGCCUUACUGCCCCAGCCCUACUCCCCAGUCCUACCCCCCAGCCCUACUGCCCCAGCCCUACUGCCCCAGCCCUACUCCCCAGUCCUACUCCCCCAGCCCUACUGCCCCAGCCCUACUCCCCCAGCCCUACUGCCCCAGCCCUACUCCCCAGUCCUACUCCCCAGUCCUACUCCCCCAGCCCUACUGCCCCAGCCCUACUCCCCCAGCCCUACUCCCUACUCCCCAGCCCUACUCCCCAGUCCUACUCCACCAGCCCUACUCCCCCAGUCCUACUCCACCAGCCCUACUCCCCAGCCCUUACUCCCCAGCCCUACUCCCCAGCCCUACUCCCCUAGCCCUACUCCCCUAGCCCUUACUCCCCUAGCCCUACUCCACCAGUCCUACUCCACCAGCCCUACUCCCCCAGUCCUACUCCACCAGCCCUACUCCCCAGUCCUACUCCCCAGCCCUACUCCCCAGUCCUACUCCCCAGCCCUACUCCCCCAGCUCUACUCCCCCAGCCCUACUCCCCCACCCUACUCCCCAGCCCUACUCCCCCAGUCCUACUCCCCAGCCCUACUCCCCCAGCCCUACUCCACAGCCCUACUCCCCAGCCCUACUCCCCCUGUCCUAAUCCCCCAGUCCUACUCCCCCAGUCCUACUCCCCCAGCCCUACUCCCCAGCCCUACUCCACCAGCCCUACUCCCCCAGCCCUACUCCCCCAGUCCUACUCCCCCAGUCCUACUCCCCCAGCCCUACUCCCCAGCCCUACUCCACCAGCCCUAA